CUCUUUCUCUUUCUCUUUUCUCAUAGUUUAAAGUGAUUUGCAUGAAUGUGAUGCACAUAGAAGAGGCAACAAACUCUCCGCUUUGUGACAGGUGGUUAUUUGCCUUAGCCUAUACAUAUUCACCUAUUGAAAUACACACACAUACACACACACACCCACACACAGUGUAGAUUUCACGGUAUACUUGCUGUAUAUCACAAGUUGAAGUUCAAAAUGUGGAGCUACAUGAUCUUCUCUACGCUUCUCAUGACGGCUGUAAACGUCCAAGCACAGUGUGACAGACCUGUUGUUGGAAUUGGAUUGGAUUUGAUUGAGGAAUCAGACCAGCAAACUUUUCAUGAUGGAGCCACUGUUAAGUUUAAAUGUUCCACUGGUUAUAUGCCUGUGGGAGCAUCAGCUUCCAGGUCAAUCACCUGUACCGGAGCCCAGUGGAGUUACCUUGAACUUCAGUGCAAAGUUAUUACCUGCUUAAAACCACCUACUAUAACCAAUGGCCUAUUUAACCCCCUGAAGGUCUUGUACAUAUAUGGAGAAAGAGUCACAUAUAAUUGUUUGGAAGGUUUUAAACUUUAUGGAUCUCCAACAAUAUCGUGUUCUGAUGAUGGAAAGUUUGAGACGUCUCUCCCUGAGUGUCGUGAGAUCUUCUGUGAUCCACCAUAUAUUCGAAAUGCGGUUAUUUAUGAAACCAGCAGGUCACCAGCUUACAGAUAUCAAACCUCAAUCAAAAUCAGCUGUAAUAAAGGCUACAGAUUGGAGGGGUCUGAAUAUAUGACCUGUGGGAAUGACGGAUGGACUCCAACUCUCCCACGGUGUGUCGAGAUGACCUGUGAUGCACCCAGGAUUAACAAUGCAGUCAUAGUUAGUAGAAGAUAUACGGUAUUCACUGAACGGUAUAGAUAUGGCGCUUUCAUCCAGUUAAGAUGUAAUAGCGGCUACAGAAUGGAGGGGUCUGACAGGCUAAAGUGUGAGGAAUAUGGAUGGAAUCCACCUCCUCCAAAAUGCAGUGUUAUUACCUGCUUAGAACCUGAUCAUAUAACCAAUGGUCAAUUUAUCCCCCUGAAGGCCUUGUACAAAUAUGGAGAAACAGUCAUAUACAAUUGUGUGGAAGGUUUUAAACUUUAUGGAUCUCCAACAAUUUCAUGUUCUGAUGAUGGAACGUUUGAGACGUAUCUUCCAGAGUGUCGAGAGAUCUUCUGUGAUCCACCAUCUAUUCAAAAUGCAGUUAUCGAUGAAACCAGCAGGUCACCAUCUUACAGAUACCAAACCGCAAUCAAAAUUAGGUGUAAUCCAGGCUACAGAAUAAUGGGGUCUGAAUAUAUGACCUGUGGGAAUGACGGAUGGACUCCAGCUCUCCCACGAGAUGACCUGUGAUGCACCCAGGAUUAACAAUGCAGUCAUAGUUAGUAGAAGAUAUACGGUAUUCACUGAACGGUAUAGAUAUGGCGCUUUCAUUCAGUUAAGAUGCAAUAGCGGCUACAGAAUGGAGGGGUCUGACAGGCUAAAGUGUGAG